GCUCGAUCUACAUCUCGUUAGAUUUCUAUGUUGGAGAUCAAGCGCAUUGUAGCAAGAGACUAAAUAUUAUUCAGACGUUCCAAUAGUACGGAGUUGGGUGUGUCAAGAUGCGUGCGGUCAGUUUAGUUGCGAUCUGCGUGUUUCUGCAAACAGUUGCGGCGCAACGUAUCCCGACAAUAUCGCAUAUCACGCAGGAGCAGGUGAAGGAUAUCGGCGAGACCGUAGAAUUGCAAUGUUCGGUCCAGUAUGCGGAGGAGUAUCCCAUUAUGUGGAUCAAAAGAAACAAGCAAGGCUCUUUUGACCAAGUACCAAUUUCCACGAACACUGCAUUGAUGAUCCGAGACAGUAGAUUCUCCCUCAAGCAUGACACAGGAUCUUCUACUUUCAUCCUACAAAUAAAAGAUAUACAAGAAACAGAUGCCGGAUUUUACCAAUGUAGAAUUCAGCUGACAUUAAAUAACAUGGUAAACGCUGAAGUGGAACUAUUAGUUCGUAGACCACCGAUAAUCAGUGACAACUCCACUCAAUCUCUGGUAGUUAGUGAAGGACAGAGUGUUGAGUUAGAAUGUUACGCCAAUGGAUAUCCCACACCCAGGAUAUCUUGGCGCCGAGAGAACAAUGCCAUUUUACCCACUGGAGGAUCGAUUUAUCGCGGUAACAAAAUGAAAAUGACCAGCAUACGAAAAGAGGAUCGCGGAACGUAUUACUGCGUAGCUGAAAACAACGUUGGACGUGGUGCCAGGCGCAAUAUUAACGUGGAGGUCGAAUUCGCGCCGGUGAUCACAGCCUCGAGACCGCGACUCGGACAAGCACUGCAGUACGACAUGGAUCUGGAGUGUCACGUCGAAGCGUACCCACCUCCAGCCAUCAUUUGGCUCAAGGAUGACAUUCAGCUAUCGAAUAAUCAGCAUUACAGCAUAUCGCACUUCGCGACGGCGGACGAAUACACCGACACGACAAUUCGCGUUAUCACCAUAGAGAAGCGGCAAUACGGAGCAUAUGUAUGUCGCGCGGCCAACAAACUCGGCACCAGUGAAACCAAAGUCGAACUUUUCGAAACUAUUAUCCCUGUUUGCCCGCCAGCUUGUGGUCAAGCUCAUUAUGGAACUGGUGUAGUUCCAGCUUCCUCAGGACUUUUGGUAGCCCUAGUUUUAAUAGUUGCAAUCACAAUGAGAAAUUUCCACGCCAAAUAUUAACUACCCGGGUCUCCAAUGGGCAGCCACAAGUCGAUGUGUACUCUCAAAGUGGCUCUUACGCAGCAUAAUUGUUGUCGUUUUAGCGAUACUGUAAAACCAAAAAAAAAGCUAGUUUUCGAGGGUUUUUCGAGGGAUUUUCAAUUGAUAUUUUAAUCGAAUACUAACAUCCAAAUUGCGUUAUUACUUUUAGAAUUAUUUGCGAACAAAGCGAUUUAUCAUCAUCGUCAAUGCAAAAUGCGAUUAUCACAUACACACACACACGAUGGAUAUAUAAUUAUAAUAAUUCGCAUUUAUGUAUGCGAAUUUGAUAUUAACAUUUACAUUUCGCUAAGUUCAUUAGUUUUUUUUACAAUGCUUCCACUUGACUCUUAUAGAAUCUCAAUUUUUUUAUAUACAUACAUAUCUAUAAAUACGUAGUACCAUUUAUAGAAUCUCUAUAUCAUUUUACUGUAAGAAAUAUGUUCUUUAAAACAUUUUCAUGACUGAUUUCUGUCUGUACGAUAUUAUAAUAUUACACAUAGUGAUAUUGAUCUUUAUUGAAUUGUUUACAACGAAAUUUUAAUAUUGGUUGAAUUAUUUACAACGAGAUUAUAAUAUAUUAUUUAGGAAAUAUUGAUUGCUCAAAAACGAUGAUAAAAUUAAUGAAAUAUUAAAAAAAGAAAUGACGGUGUAUUUAGUGUGAUUUUCUACUGAUCUGCCAUGUUGACUCGGUACUUAUUGGCAGGUCAUAUUUGAAGAUAUAAUUCAUGUAACUUAUAUUUAGGGGCCAACAGUAUAUCAAUGUUGAUAAAAUGCAAAUUAGAUGCAUUCCAGUACUCUUGAUCAUAUAACCAAGUAUUACGUAAUUACCGAUAUAGCAGAUAACGUAAUGGAAAUCUUUUGGCCUGAUGAACGACGGAAAAAUAAAAAAUAAUCACGUUACAACAUAUAUUAUAUGUAAUCUCAUAGUUUGUUAUAGUUGCAAAUCGACAAUACGGAUUUGUUGACAUCAUAAUACCAGAAACCUGACAGUAGAACUGCCACAAUAAUCCUUUAAUGAAAUAGUUUGGUAUGUCAUGAACAAAGAAAAUAAUGUUGAUAUUAGUGCCUUGUUCGUGAUAUCAAGUAGAAAUAAAAUUAUCGAUGUAUAGCUGUAGGCAGUAUAUUAUAUCAUAUAUUAUUAGUACAUUAUACGUACAUUAUUAGAAGAUACCUCGUACAUUUUAUACGCAUCUUUUACUUAUUGCGUACUUACAAAGGGAAUGUUAGUUUCCCUUUUAACGAGGCGUAUCGUAUAAACGUUCUAUGAUACAAUAAGUAGGCAGGUAGCAGCUCGAUAAAAACAUUUUUAUAUACUCUUUACAAAUUUACAAUUUUAUAGGUACUAACAUGGUAAUUCUGACUCGCAUAAUAUAUAUGCAUCAUCUCUUCUAAAAAGCUAUUAUACUCAUAACACAUGUAGUAACUUUUAGUACUUAUACACGUUGCUCUGCGAUAAUUAUAUACUGCUGGAUAUGUAUUAUAUCUGCGAUAUUCCGCGAAAGUUUUAUAUAACUACUUUCUCCUUUAUACUACGAUAUUGUAUUUUACGACGUAAAAGUGUACGUUUAUUCUCAUCUAUCAAUGGAAUAUGUAUGAAAAACACACGUGCAUAUGCAUGCGAGUAAUAAAAUUUUAUUAAAGCAAA